AUGGGGCUUGCCGAGACGUAUGGACGGGACCGCGUCUUCAACACGCCCCUGACCGAGCAAGGCAUCGUCGGGUUUGGUAUCGGGAUGGCGGAUAUGGGACACACGGCGAUCGCCGAGGUGCAAUUUGGCGACUACAUCUUCCCAGCCUUUGAUCAGAUUGUCAACGAAGCGGCCAAGUACAACUAUCGGUCCGGGGGACAGUUCUCCGUGGGCAGACUGACCAUCCGCGCACCAUGUCAGGGGGUGGGGCAUGGCGCACUGUACCAUUCGCAGAGUGUCGAGCAGUUCUUUAUGCCAGUUCCGGGCCUCAAGGUUGUUGUGCCGAGGAGUCCGAUCCAGGCCAAAGGGCUGCUGGCGGCGAGUAUCAGGGACGACAACCCAGUGGUGUUCCUCGAACCCAAGAUCCUCUAUCGUUCUUCGGUGGAAGAGGUUCCGCUCGACGACUUCACCCUGCCACUCAGCAAAGCUGAAGUCGUGAAACCAGGCAGCGACGUGACCGUCAUCUCGUGGGGCGCACCCCUCUACUCGUGCAUCGAAGCGCUCCAAGUGCUCUCGAACCCACCGGCGUCGAUCGCAAAGCACUUCCCGCAAGGCGUACGACAGGCCAACAUCGAGCUCAUCGACCUCCGAACCAUCCUGCCGUGGGACAGAGAGACGGUCGCUCGCUCCGUAGCAAAGACAGGCCGAUGCGUCAUCGUCCAUGAAGCACCCGUAACUGCUGGCGUGGGCGCCGAGAUCGCUGCGCACCUGCAAAAGACGUGCUUCCUCAACUUGGAGGCUCCCAUCACGCGCGUUGGUGGCUGGGACACUCCGUUCCCACAUGUUGGAGAGCUGUUCUACAAGCCCGAGGCGAUUCGGAUCGCUGAUGCGCUCGUCAAGUGUUUGACUUUCUAG